AUGCAUACUCCCCUUAGAAUUAAGUUUGCUAAAAUUGGCCCAAGUUCUCCUAUUUCAAACAAUAUUUCCAAUAGCAUCAUAACAUUACCAUUAUCACAACCUUCUGUUGUAGUUACGUCCUUCCCAACAACUCCCGAAAUGCCCACAAAAAGAGGGCCGGGAAAACCUACACCAAAUACGCUCUCAAUCAUUUCAAAUAAUAGUGAUACUCCAGUAAGUGGUUCUUCUUCCAAUACCUCUGUGAAAAGGGGCCCAGGGCGACCUCGUAAAAAUCCAUUGCCUUCAAUUCCUCACUCUUCUAAUUCUCCAAAUAACGACGCACCUGGUCGGCAGAGCGAUAAGAAAAGGAAGGUUAGUGGGAACGGUAAAAACGGGCUAUCGCACAUUGAAUCAAAAAAUAAGGGUAUUAAAAAUUCCAACGAUAAAGACUUUACUUCCCCCCGAAAGAGACCAAAAACUAUAUCUAACGAUAAAGACUCAUUACAAGUUCCUUCCACCAAAGUUACCGGGACGAUCAAGACACCUUUAGACGAGCUUCGUGAGGCGAAAAUAAAGGAGAAAGAAGCACAACUCGCCCAAGUAGUGGACGAACAUGAUUCCUUGGUCCGAGAAUUAUAUUAUAUGGAAUCAUUCAAUAUGCUAUUAUGUAAUCUCGAUCCGCAGAAAAUAAAACAGGACAAUUCCGAGCGUAUGGUUAAGCAUCGCGAAUCAAUUGUGAACUUGUUGCAAAAAUCUGUUAACAAUCAGAUUGAUUCAGCAUCCUUGGAACCAAGCAGCAAUAGCCGCAGCACCCGCAAGUCCUCACGGGUAGAUUCGUCCAAAAAUCGUGGUGCGACUUUGACUAAUGGGAUGUCAUCGUAUUCGCUUCGUCGACGUCAUUCGCAAUUCCCUAGCUUUGAAGAUUACUAUGCAUCCUUUGUAACUUUGGAUGACGAAGAUAUGACGCCUGCUGAAGAAGAAUUAAGGGCGCAAAAAGAAGCAGAAAUUCAAUAUCGAAUAAUGGUAUUGAAAAGUGAAGGGAGACUCAACAGAGUUGAUAAACCUGUACCUGAACCUCAGCGUCCAAAGGUUCAUAGGGAUUAUCUACUUGAGGCGGUCACGCACCAUGCAAAAUAUUUCAAUAAGGUGACUGAAACAAAGUUCCGCACCACGCGCCAGAUAAGCAAGGCGGUGUUACAACAUUUCAAUAAAUUAGCAAAUCAAGGACCAAGGGAAAAGAAAUUGGAAGAAAAACGAAUCAGGAAGUUGGCCAAAACAACAUCAAAUCUUGUCAAACAAAAGUGGAAAACAGUUGAAUCGAUUAUUUUAGCAAAGCAUAAGGAAUUACUUCGUGAGCAACAAGAGCGUGAAGGAAAACGACAUCUUAAUCUUCUUUUAGAACAUUCAACGCACAUGUUAGAGGUUCAACAUAACGAGUUAGUUGGUACACAAUCGACGCGUGAUCGUAUGGGUGACGACGAUGAAGAUUACGAUGAGACAGAGAAUCUUGAUAUAGAGGAUUCAGAGUCUGAUCUAAAUAUAACCGAAUAUUAUAGUCAAAUGUCGGCCUCAUCUACUGAGGUAGACGAUAUUGAUCAAUUUAACGAAGGUGAUGAGUCAUCGCUAGAUGCACAAGAUUUAGAAGAAGAUCCCGAAGAAGAAACUUUGAGAUCAUUAAUAGAAGAACCAGAAAACUCUGUUAAGGAAAAGCCUAAUAACACAAUAUCUGGUGUUUAUUCUGAAUGUGAAAAUCGAGAAAGCGAAGAACAAAUUAGUCCCACAUCUAAGGAAUCUGAAAUUUCUAAUACCUUAUCAGAACCUCCUACGGGAACCACACUAUCUACUGCCAAUGUAAGAACGCAAAUUCCACCAUUAUUACGAGGACAACUACGUGAAUAUCAACACGUUGGUCUUGAUUGGCUUGCCAGUCUGUAUAAUAACGGUUUGAAUGGUAUUCUUGCUGAUGAAAUGGGUCUCGGUAAAACUAUUCAGACAAUUGCAUUAUUAGCUCAUUUGGCUUAUGAAAAAGGAGAUUGGGAGUUUCAAGAAUGGUUUUCACGCCCUGUCGAUAAGAUUAUCGAAAAUAAUGAACAAUUUGAUGAUGAAACUCUCGCCGCAGUUCAGAAAUUGCAUACAGUUUUACGACCGUAUCUACUACGUCGUUUGAAGGUUGAUGUAGAAAAGCAACUCCCUGCAAAACAUCAUCACAUAAUUAAAUGCAGACUUUCUAAACGGCAGCGUUUUUUGUAUGAUGACUUUAUGUCCCGUGCGAAAACCAAAGAAACUCUUCAAUCAGGCAAUUUCCUAAGUAUCAUAAACUGCUUAAUGCAAUUACGCAAAGUCUGUAAUCAUCCAGAUUUAUUUGAAGUGAGGCCUAUUCGUACGUCGUUUGCCAUGUCCAAAUCAGCAAUUGCAGAUUAUGAAGUCAAAGAAUUUUUGAUCCGACGGAGAUUGUUGCAAGAUCAUGACGUGUUUAAAAAAUUAAAUCUGGGGUUUAUGAACCUUAUUCCAAGUCAUUUCGAAGAUAGUUUUGAUCGAUUAAUUGCAAAUGAAUGGGAAAAAUUGAAUCCUGAGAAAAAAUUCUUAGAUAAAGUUAUAGAAAAUAGAAAUUUAACUUUUCAAAAGCCCAUGACUUACUGUAGCCUUGUUGAGUUUGGUCAUGCGACGGAACAUCGUGCUCGUCUUAAAACUAGGCAGCGGUGGGAUCACUUGCGAUAUAUUAACGAUUUUCGGCUCAGACGUCGUCCUAUAUACGGAACAGGCCUUAUAAAAUUAUGUCGACGACUAGGAUCAACUAAAUGUGAUAUGCUAUUAGCUGAUACUAAAAAUUCUCGGACUUAUAUGAAUCGUAUUGAAUCAAUUACGGAUCUUAUUGUGUCCAAUGAACGUAGAUAUAACAUGAUGGAAGAAGUGAUUAAGCAGUACGCGUUUGUAACACCUGCUGUGGUUGCGAGAGAUAUGGCUUCGUUAGCAUUAGCGGAAUUACCAGAUGAAUUACGUUUGAUGAUUCAUAACCAGGUGCAAGACAUAUAUCAUCCAAUACGUGUCAAACUUCAGAUUGCCUUUCCCGACAAACGACUACUGCAAUAUGAUUGUGGAAAGCUGCAAGAAUUAGAUAGGCUACUUCGAGAUCUUAAAGAAAAAGGUCAUCGCGCGCUUAUAUUUACUCAAAUGACUCGUGUUCUUGAUAUUUUGGAAAUAUUCUUAAAUAUCCAUGGACAUCGUUAUCUUCGACUUGAUGGUGCCACAAAAAUCGAACAACGACAAAUAUUGACAGAACGCUUUAAUCAUGAUCCAAAGAUAUUGGUCUUUAUACUUUCAACGAGAUCUGGCGGCUUAGCCAAUCAAAAACGACUAUUAGAUAAAAUGGUAAUUACAGAUGGUGAAUUUACAACUGACUAUUUCCAAAAGUUGGAUUGGCGUGAACUUGUUAGCGAUAUAGCACCACAUCGUAUUAGAGAGGUGAAUGAUGAACCAAGCUCUGAAGUUGAAGAUGAUACUGAUGUUACUGCGGCUCAGGUAGCUAGGAAUGAAAUGGAUCUUGAUCUUACGGAUUUUGCAGAAGUCGCCGAAACUCCAGCAGAAAGUUCUAAUACUGCAGCUGCGGGACGGGCAAGUUCGAUCUCAACUGCUCCAUCACCAAACGAGAUAGAUGAAGCGAACGAUGACAAACCAGAUCAUGUGGAUUAUUACAUGCUUCGAUUCAUGGAACGUGAAUUGGAACUUUAUGUUGG